ACGCUACUCGCCCUCCAGCUCUCCGCAGUAAAACACACGGCUCGUCUUAUUCAUGCGCACUGCUCUCUCCCGCGCGCGCUCUUUCGUUCUCUCUCUAUGCGGCGCCCUGGACAUUUUCUCUUCUAUUCAUUUUCCUAACGGGAGAUCAUGAUGAUGAGACACCGAUAUUAAGAGCAUAACACCUUCUGGAAAAGCGACCGUAACCUGCAAGACGCUGGAUAGACGCCUUCUUCUUCAGCAAUGAAUCAUACGGACUGAACUGGCUUCUUUCCCUCCCUUUGAUGUUAAGACAAGAGACAAGGUUGCCAUGGAAGUGAAAGAACGCAGACCCUACCGCUCCUUGACCUCCAGGCGGGACACGGAGCGCCGGUACACCAGCUCCUCAGCUGACAGCGAGGACGGCAAGCUCAACCCUAAGUCCUACAGCUCUAGCGAGACCCUCAAAGCUUUUGACCAGGACUCCAGAUUGACCUAUGGCAGCCGAGUCAAAGACGUGGUGCACCAUGAAGCCGAUGAGUUCAGCAGGCAAGGGAUGGACUUCUCUCUCAGAGACAUGGCUUUUGGAGAUCCCGUGCCGCCCCAUAUGGCAGCCUAUAGGACAGAAAUGGGCCUUCCCCACUGCGACUACUCUGUGAGCGUGGGAUCAGACGCUGACACAGAAACGGAUGGCAUCAUGUCCCCCGAGCACGCCGUCCGACUCUGGGGCCGUAGCAACACCAAAUCCGGCCGCAGCUCCUGCCUUUCCAGCAGAGCCAACUCUAACCUCACCCUUACUGACACCGAGCAUGAAAAUACAGAAAACGGUCCUCCUCUUCAUUGCUCAUCUGCCUCCUCUUCCCCUGUCGACUCCCCUUACCCUCCCCCUUCCCAUGCAGCCAAUCAGAGCCAGGGAAGGUUGCUAGGUAACAGUGGGGCUCUGGCCGGCCGGGACUCUGAGUCAGAAGAUGAGUUUGGCCCCAAUUCAUUCUUAGUUAAAACCGGCUCAGGGAACGUCGGCGCUCCAGCCACUGCAACUCCUAACGAGGUCUCGUUCCAGAACCACUCUCGAUUGCGGACGCCACCGCUGCCCCUGUCGCACUCCCACUCCCCUAGUCAACACCAUGCCGCCUCCAUUGGCUCUCUGAGCCGCAGCAACUACACCCAGCGCAGCAACCCGAGCCCGGCACCCAGCUGCUCGGCUCUCAGUGAGGGUCCUACAAGUGCCCAGGACUCAGGCAGUGCCCAGGACAACUGGCUUCUCAACAGCAACGUUCCUCUAGAGACCAGAAACAUAGCAAAGCAGACAUUCCUAGAGACUUUACAGGACAACUUUAUAGAGAUGGACAUACUGGCCACAGCUCGCCGCGAUGGCGCUUACACUGAUGGACACUUUCUGUUCAAGCCUGGUGGGACUUCGCCCUUGUACUGCACGACUUCACCUGGCUACCCUUUGACAUCCAGCACUGUCUAUUCUCCCCCUCCCCGGCCCCUGCCGCGGAACACCUUUUCACGGCCUGCCUUUAGCCUGAAGAAACCCUAUAAGCACUGCAACUGGAAAUGUGCCGCCCUUAGUGCCAUCCUCAUCUCCGUCACCCUGGUGUUCCUGUUGGCAUAUUUUAUUGCCAUGCACCUCUUUGGACUCAACUGGCAUUUGCAGCCAAUGCAGAGGCAGAUAUAUCAGCUGACAGAGGACAACACGAGUGGCCUACAUCUGCCCACAGAUCUGGGCUUGCCGCCUUUGGGCAACACAGGUCUAGAGUUUCCGGACAGAGGAAGCAAAGAUGACGGUAAACUAGAUGGCUUUUUCCCGGAGGACAGCUUCAUAGAUAUGGGCGAGAUAGACGUGGGCCGCAAAGUCGCCCAGCUGAUCCCACCUGGAAUCUUCUGGAGGUCGCAGGUCUUUAUCGACCACCCCAUGUACCUCAAAUUCAAUGUGUCCCUCAGUAAAGAUGCCUUGGUGGGGAUCUACGGGAGGAGAGGCCUACCUCCGUCGCAUACACAGUUUGACUUUGUGGAGCUGUUGGAUGGCCGUCGGCUCCUGUCGCAAGGGUUGCCUGGUCUUGAGGGUCCACCUUUUCCAGCCCAGCAGAGGAGCCUGAUGCCACUCACCAGUCACGAUACGGGCUUUAUCCAGUAUAUGGACUCGGGCAUCUGGCACUUGGCUGUGUACAAUGAUGGGAAGGAGAUGGAGCAGGUGUCCUUUCUCACAACUACGAUCGACGCUAUCGAUGACUGUCCUAGUAACUGUUUUGGAAAUGGAGAUUGUGUGGCCGGAAACUGCCACUGUUUUCCUGGCUUCAGAGGACCCGACUGCAGCAGGGCGUCCUGUCCAGUGCUUUGCAGUGGGAACGGUCAGUACCUUAAAGGCCGCUGCAUGUGUCACAGCGGUUGGAAAGGAUCCGAAUGUGACAUUCCUACCAACCAGUGCAUCGACAUUACCUGCAGCGGACAUGGCACAUGCAUUGUGGGAACUUGCAUCUGUAAUCCUGGCUACAAAGGGGAGAACUGCGAAGAAGUGGACUGCCUGGACCCGGCCUGCUCAGGGAGAGGUGUCUGUGUGCGCGGAGAGUGCCAUUGUUUUUUAGGCUGGGGAGGUCCUGGAUGCGAGAGUCCACGUGCUUCCUGUAUGGAGCAGUGCUCUGGACAUGGGACCUUUUUGGCUGAUACCAACACCUGUAAUUGUGACCCCAACUGGACUGGUCACGACUGCUCCACAGAGCUGUGUGCAGCCGACUGUGGUGGACAUGGCAUCUGCGUGGCGGGCAACUGUCGCUGUGACGAGGGCUGGAUGGGUGCUGGGUGCGAACAACGGGCUUGUCACCCACGCUGCAGCGAGCACGGGACCUGCAAAGAUGGGAAGUGUGAAUGCAGCCCGGGAUGGAACGGAGAACACUGCACUAUAGCUCACUAUCUGGAUAAGGUAGUGAAAGAGGGCUGUCCUGGUCUGUGCAAUGGCAACGGCAGAUGCACACUGGGUAAUAAUGGCUGGUACUGCGUUUGUCAGCUGGGCUGGCGGGGAGCAGGCUGCGACACAUCAAUGGAGACGGCCUGCAGUGACGGCAAGGACAAUGACGGAGAUGGGUUGAUGGACUGCAUGGACCCAGAUUGCUGUUUGCAGACAUGUCACACCACGUCUCUGUGUGUGGGCUCUCCUGAUCCACUGGAUAUUAUCCAGGAAACCCAGAUCUCUUCCACUCUGAGCACCCUGCAGUCUUUCUACCAGCGUGUCCGCUUUCUGGUGGGCCGGGACAGUACCCACGUCAUCCCUGGCGCCAACCCCUUUGAUGGCAUUCAUGCCUGUGUUAUCCGGGGGCAAGUAGUGACUUCAGAUGGGACACCACUGGUCGGUGUAAAUAUCAGCUUCAUUAACAAACCAGCCUAUGGGUAUACCAUCACCAGACAGGAUGGCAGCUUCGACUUGGUGAGUAACGGGGGCGUGGCCGUAGGCCUGCGGUUUGAGCGCGCUCCGUUCAUCACUCAGGAGCACACCUUGUGGUUGCCGUGGGAACGCUUCUUUGUCAUGGACACCAUUGUGAUGAGACACGAGGUCAAUGACAUCCCCAGCUGUGACCUGAGCAGCUUCACCCGUCCCAUGCCCAUCGUCCUGCCUGCCCCGUUGAUGGCGUUUGCCGGGACCUGCGUCGAGAGGGGCAAUGUCGUUCCAGAGAUUCAGACCCUCCAGGAGGAAGUGCGGAUCCCAGGUACUGAUGUACGUUUGAACUACCUGAGCAGCAGGACGUCGGGGUAUAAGUCCCUCCUGCGCAUCUCCCUGACCCACUCCACCAUCCCGUUCAGCCUGAUGAAGGUGCACCUCAUGGUGGCCGUCGAGGGAAGGCUCUUCAGGAAGUGGUUCUCAGCUGCGCCUAACCUCUCCUAUGACUUUGUCUGGGACAAGGCAGAUGUCUACAGCCAAAAAGUUUAUGGGCUGUCUGAGGCGUUCGUGUCCGUGGGUUUCGAGUACGAAUCCUGCCCGGAUCUGAUCCUCUGGGAGAAGCGGACAGCCGUCCUGCAGGGAUACGAGACCAUUGCGUCCAACUUGGGCAGCUGGAGCGUGGACAAACAUCAUGCUCUGAAUAUCCAAAGUGGUAUCCUGCACAAGGGUAAAGGCGAGAACAUCUUUAUUUCCCAGCAACCCCCAAUCAUCGGAAGCAUCAUGGGUAACGGGCGGAGGCGCAGUAUCUCCUGUCCAAGCUGCAAUGGGCUGGCGGACGGAAAUAAGCUGCUCGCACCUGUAGCUUUAGCCUGUGGGUCGGAUGGCAGUCUGUACGUGGGGGAUUUCAACUACAUCCGUCGGAUCUUCACCACAGGAAAUGUCACAAGUGUCUUAGAGCUCAGAAAUAAAGAUUUCAGGCAUAGCAAUAGUCCUGCGCACAAAUAUUACCUGGCUACUAGUCCCGUUUCGGGGGCCCUGUACCUUUCGGACACCAGCAGCAGGAAGGUGUUUAAAGUGAAAUCUCUGAACACAGUGAAGGAUGUAGCAAAGAACCUAGAGCUGGUGGCAGGCACAGGCGAUCAGUGUCUUCCCUACGAUGAGACGCGCUGCGGGGACGGAGGCAAGGCCGUGGAGGCCACACUUACCAACCCUAGAGGCAUUACUGUGGAUAAGUAUGGCGUGAUCUUCUUUGUAGACAGCACCAUGAUCCGCCGCAUCGAUCAGAACGGUAUCAUAUCCACCCUGCUGGGCUUCAACGACUUGACCUCGGCACGACCCCUGAGCUGUGAUUCAGUGAUGGACAUCUCGCAGGUGCGUCUAGAGUGGCCCACUGAUCUGGCCGUGAGCCCAAUGGACAAUUCGCUUUAUGUUCUGGACAACAACGUAGUCCUGCAGAUCUCAGAGAACCAUCAAGUGAGGAUAGUAGCGGGAAGGCCAAUGCACUGCCAGGUGCCCGGCCUGGAUCACUUCCUCGUCAGCAAAAUCGCCAUCCACGCCACCUUAGAAUCCGCCAACGCUCUCGCAGUCUCCCACAACGGCUUGCUUUACAUCUCUGAGUCGGACGAGAAGAAGAUCAACCGUGUCCGACAGGUCUCAACAAAUGGAGAGAUCUCUCUGGUCGCUGGCGCCCCCAGUGGCUGCGACUGCAAGAACGACGCUAACUGCGACUGCUACUCGGGCGACGACGGCUACGCCAAAGACGCCAAGCUAAACGCGCCCUCCUCAUUAGCGGUUUCACCCGAUGGAGAACUCUUCAUCGCUGACCUGGGAAACAUACGCAUCCGAUAUGUCAGGAGGAACAAAGCGUUCCUCAACCCUCUCAACAUGUUUGAGGUUCCCUCGCCAAUUGAUGACGAGCUCUAUCUGUUUAACGUGAACGGGAGUCACAUCUACACUCAGAGUCUGACCACUGGAGACUACCUGUACAACUUGACCUACUCUGGUGAAGGUGACCUGAGCAGCAUCACGGAUAAGAAUAAGAACAAAGUGACCAUUCGUAGAGACACAACGGGAUUGCCGCUCUGGCUGAUGGGUCCCGAUGGCCAGACGUUCUGGUUCACUAUUGGAACUAAUAAUGCGCUGAAGAGUGUUGCUGCGCAGGGUCAAGAGAUUGCCAUGAUGACUUAUCAUGGAAGCUCAGGUCUGCUGGCCACAAAAAGCAAUGAAGACGGAUGGACUACCUUCUAUGAGUAUGACAGCUAUGGACGGCUGACAAACGUGACCUACCCCACGGGCAGGGUGAGCAGUUACCGCACUGAUUCGGACAGUACUGUGCGGGUGCAAACAGAGGGCUCCAACAAAGAGGACAUCACGGUCACGACCAACCUCUCGGCCUCAGGAACCUUCUACACACUCAUGCAGGAUCAAGUCAAAAACAGUUACUACAUUGGUCUGGAUGGCUCCUUGCGUCUGGUAUUGGCCAAUGGCAUGGAAGUGUCUCUUCACACGGAGCCUCACCUGCUGUCAGGAACAGUCAACCCAACCAUAAGCAAGAGAAAUGUCACUCUGCCCAUCGACAAUGGACUCAACCUGGUGGAAUGGAGACAACGGAAAGAACAGGCACGAGGACAGGUCACAGUGUAUGGACGCAGACUCAGGGUUCAUAACAGGAACUUGUUAUCCAUGGAUUUUGACCGUGUAACCAGGACCGAGAAAGUCUAUGACGACCACAGGAAGUUCACCUUGAGGAUCCACUAUGACCAUGCUGGAAGACCUACUUUGUGGGCACCAAGUAGUCGGCUAAACGGUGUCAAUGUUACCUACUCACAGGGCGGCCACAUCGCCGGCAUCCAGAGGGGCACUAUGUCAGUCCGAAUGGAAUAUGACCUAAAUGGGAGAAUCACCUCAAAGAUAUUUGCAGAUGGAAAGACAUGGAGCUACACCUACCUUGAAAAAUCCAUGGUGCUGCUACUAUACAGCCAGCGACAAUACAUCUUCGAGUUUGACAAGAACGAUCGCCUCUCUUCAGUAACCAUGCCCAAUGUGGCCAGGCAGACCUUGGAGACCACCCGUUCCAUCGGUUAUUACAGAAACACGUACAGGCCACCUGAGGGCAACGCCACAGUUUUGCAAGAUUACAGCGAAGAUGGACUGCUUCUGCAAACCAUCCACCAAGGAACGGGGCGCAGAGUCAUCUACAAGUAUGGGAAACUCUCCCGUCUGCUGGAAAUCCUUUAUGAUACAACUCGGAUUGCCUUUUCUUAUGAUGAAUCUGCAGGCAUGCUGAAAACGGUGGGGCUUCAAAGUGAAGGCUUUGCAUGUACCAUACGCUACAGACAGAUUGGACCGCUCAUCGACAGACAGAUCUUUCGUUUCAGUGAGGAGGGCAUGGUGAAUGCCCGGUUCGACUACAACUACGACAACAGCUUCCGGGUCACCAGCAUGCAGGCGGUCAUCAAUGAAACCCCCUUACCUAUUGACCUCUAUCGCUACGAUGACGUCUCAGGCAAAACGGAGCAGUUUGGCAAGUUCGGAGUCAUCUACUAUGAUAUUAACCAGAUCAUUACGACAGCUGUCAUGACUCACACCAAACACUUUGAUGCCUAUGGACGAGUUAAAGAGGUGCAGUAUGAGAUUUUCCGUUCGCUGAUGUUCUGGAUGAUGGUACAAUACGACAACAUGGGGCGAGUGGUGGCCAAGGAGCUUAAAGUGGGACCCUAUGCAAAUACCACCCGUUAUGCCUACGAGUAUGAUGCUGAUGGCCAACUCCAAGUGGUGUCCAUCAAUGACAAGCCUCUUUGGCGCUACAGCUAUGAUCUGAAUGGAAAUUUGCACCUCCUUAGUCCCAGUAAUAGUGCCAGACUUACACCACUACGCUAUGAUAUUCGGGACCGCAUUACUCGAUUAGGUGACGUGCAGUACCGGUUGGACGAGGAUGGAUUCCUCAGGCAGAGAGGCAAUGACUUCUUUGAGUAUAACUCUGCUGGGUUGCUUGUUAAAGCCUACAACAAAGUUAACGGUUGGACCAUCAAGUACCGCUAUGAUGGCUUGGGCAGGAGAGUGUCCAGUCGAAACAGCCAAGGCCACCAUCUGCAGUUCUUCUACGCAGACUUGUCCAGUCCCACCAGAGUCACGCACAUGUACAAUCACUCAAGCUCAGAGAUCACCUCGCUCUACUAUGACCUUCAGGGCCACCUCUUUGCCAUGGAGUUGAGCAGUGGGGAUGAGUUCUACGUGGCCUGUGACAACAUCGGUACACCGUUGGCUGUAUUCAGUGGUGCUGGUCUCAUGAUCAAACAGAUCCUGCACACAGCUUUUGGAGAAGUGUAUUUGGACUCAAACCCAAGUUUCCAGCUAGUAAUAGGCUACCAGGGUGGCCUUUAUGAGCCCCUUACUAAGCUUGUCCACAUGGGACGCAGAGAUUACGAUGUUCUUGCAGGCCGAUGGACCACUCCGGAGCAUGAUGUUUGGAAGCGACUCAACAGCAACAACAUUGUACCCUUCAACCUCUACAUGUUUAAGAACAACAACCCACUGAGCAACAACCAAGAAACCAAGUGCUACAUGACAGAUGUUAACAGCUGGCUAGUGACAUUUGGUUUCCAGCUAUACAACGUCAUACCUGGCUACCACAAACCUGUCACGGACACCAUGGAGCCUUCUUACGAGCUCAUUCACACUCAGAUGAAGACUCAGGAGUGGGAUAGCACCAAGUCCGUUCUGGGGGUACAAUGUGAAGUCCAGAGGCAGCUGAAGUCUUUCGUCCGGUUGGAGCGGUUUCACCAGAUCUACAGAUCGAGUGAUUCCGGUUGCCCUCAAACGCCCCUCCGCACGCUCUUCGCCACAGGGGCCUCGCUCUUCGGGAAAGGUGUGAAAGUAGCCAUCCGGGAGGGCCGUGUUGCUGCUGACAUCAUCAGCCUGGCCAACGAGGAUGGGCGGCGGAUCGCGGCGGUCCUGGACAAGGCCACCUACCUGCAGGAUCUACACUUCACCAUCGCAGGAUUGGACACGCACUACUUUGUCAAAUCAGGACCGGUCGAGGGCGACCUAUCUCUGCUAGGCAUGACAGUGGGUCAGCGUACGCUGGAGACAGGUGUAAAUGUAACUGUCUCGCAGGUCAGCACAGUCCUCAGUGGCCGUUCGCGCCGCAUAACCGACAUCCAACUGCAGUACGGUACGCUGUGCCUCAAUAUUCGCUACGGCAGCAGCCAGGAUGAAGAGAAGGUCCGUGUGCUGGAGCUCGCACGUCAGAGGGUCGUCGCAGCCGCCUGGGCUCGUGAACGCCACAGACUCCGGCAAGGAGAAGAGGGCUCUCAAGCUUGGACAGACGGGGAGAGGCAGCAACUCCUGAGUACCGGACACGUGCAGGGCUACGAGGGCUUCUACAUCGUAUCGGUCGACCAGUUCCCAGAGUUGGCCGACAACGUAAAUAACAUCCACUUCUUGCGACAGACUGAGAUGGGUCGCAGGUGACAUGAAUGCGAGGGGAACACGUGCUCGGACUCAGAGUCCAGGACUUCUUGCCAAAGACAAGUUGCUUUUGUGACCAUAUUAUGUUACUUUAUUUUUAUGUUGACAGUGCCAGACUUAUUUUUUUAAAACAUGACGUACAUGGUUGAAAACAGUUGCACUGUUUCGACAGCAGAGUGCCCUUCUCUCUUUUGGUAAUUCUUAAACCCCCUUUGCCCUUCGUGUGCGGCUGCUAGAAGAUGGCAUAUGGCAGUGUCGGUGGUUUAUUCAGUUCUGGCUUCGAGUUUGUGGGUUUGCUCAAAGGAAUAUAGGAAGAAGGCUGGUAAUGGAUUAUGCUCACUGGCUCAGCCUGCUCCCAGACAAGCAGAUUGUUAUUCACAAGCUUCACUCCACUCUGCCUUUUCCCGCGCCUCAGCCAAGGAGAGACCUCUUUUAAUCGCUUCUUUUUAUACUUGAAAGCCCACCGGCUGUGUCAUACUUAAACUAAGGACAUUGGUGUUUGCAGUGCAUUGCUACCAGUUCAGAUUCCUAGCUGAACCCAUCUCAUGUUGAAAACUUGUUGUGGUGUCUUGUAAUAUUUUGGGACUGGGUGGCUUGCUGGUAACAUUCUUUUUUUUUUUCUUUUUAUAAUUUUGACCAAAUGGCUUAAAACAUGAAUAGAAAGGGAAAAGAAGAAUGAAGUAUGCACACUUAAAAUCUGGAAAAUUGACAGAAAUUUAGGAAACAAAUAGGAAAUAGGUAGCCCCAAGGUCUUUAAAGGUACUUUUGAAAAUGAAACGACACUGAUUGAAAGAAAUUAGCUCCAAAACCUAGUGAGCUGCUUACCUAGACACCAUUUAAGGGUCAUUCUGAUUUGACAGCUGUUCCAAUAGGUAGUUAGAUUUAGUUUUAUUUGAGGCAGUGUCGCCUUUGUUUUGAAGGCAAGUAAAAAAAACUUGACAAGUUGAGAGAAAUGUUGAUUAUACAAAUUUUUAUAUUUAAAAUUCCCUAUUUUAAAGUAUCAAUAGUAGUAAUCUGAGCUACUAUUUUAUGGACUCUUUAGCCAAUAUUUCUGUGCCGUGUAUUCUUAUGCUUAUUAGAGUAUCAUGCAUUUAGCAUAGCAACAUGCUAACAUCAAACUCUAUUACAAUCAAUUCUCCCAUGUUAUUUGUGCUCCGUGCGGAGAUCCAGAUUAAUCACUUAUGAUGGUUCCUUCUUGUUAGGGUGCUGUAGGCGGUAUACAGCAAGGCAGCUCGCUAGGUUUUGGAAUGGAGCUACUGAGAGUAUGAAAAGGUUGUUUUUUAAUAAAAUAGUUUGAGAUCAACAUGUUAUUUCAUGGUAACCUUCACAUAAAACAGUAUAACAAUUGUGAAAGAAUACAAAAAUGUGAACAUUUGUCCCUUUUUAUUGCUAAUUGUUGUACUUGAAAAAUGCCUAGUGUUUCAACACAUGGAAUAAAGUCCAGAAAGGUUGGUCAAUUCAAUUAAUUUGUUUUCAUGGUUAAAACAAAGAGUUGCAUAUAGACCAUUCCUAACAAUGACAGUAUUUAUUUUAGUGCUGUGUUUUUAGAGGAGUAUACAUCCUCAUGUUUGUCAGUGAAAUAAAUGCUUCAAGCGUAAAGCGGCAUGAAUGCUUAAAAAAAAUGAAGCACAUUACUUAAACGUGCACUCAGACUCCUUUUUUUAAAAGAAACUGCAAGCACUGCACAUUGUGGUAAGGAAAGGUGACAACCCCUCUGAACAGCCUUUGCCCCAAAGGUCUCCCAAGCAGGGGCAAUGUCGUAAGUGCUCUGAAUGUGAAAGUCUGCAAGCUGCCUGAAAUGCAUUAAAGCCUAAAUGUGCGUCGUUUAGAGGUUGAAACGCACAUCAACCCACCAUCUGGAUACGAGAACUUCAAAGAGCAUCUAUAUCUGGUUGGAUGGUGUUAAUAUGUCGGACAUGAUGGCACAUUGGCUCUUCACAUUAGCGUUUGGUAUAUGAGUCUGCCCCUGCUGUCACUCUUGGGGAAAUCACUUGGGGAUGGUCACCAAGAUGAAUAGGUCAAGUGUUUUAAGCUGUAUAAUAUUGUCGAGCAUAUUUUGGUUUAUUUUACUGUCAUUGAAUGCAGUAAGAUCAUGAGUCUGACAAUAUCGCUGUAUUUACAAAGAACGAUGAUGAAUGAAGGAAAAAAUGCAGCGUAUUAAAUUGCACUGACAUGCAUCGUAAGGCUUUUAUUUUUUCUAAACUUUUGGACUCAUUUGGACUUUUCGUUUGUUCUCAACACUGUGUUUCUAAAUGCUUCUGUUUGAAAAUGUAAAUAAGAUGACAAGAAAUGGGCUGUAAAUACAAUGCAAAUGUAGAUACCUUUUAGAG